CUCAUCACAAUUCAUUCCCACCUCCUGUUUAAACAAAACAUUUGAUUGGAUAUGGCGAGAACUGUCAAUAGAAUUUGGCUCAAUCCAUCUACAACGGGCGAACGUCCCCCUCCCAUUCCUGGGACUGUACCUGGCUACAGCGCCGAUCUAGGCAUGAUUGCAGCAUUGCAACUUGACGAUGACUCUGUAAUUCUCCUACCCCAGGAGUAUAUUCAUGACCCUGAUGACUCGCCAGACGCCAGCUGGCGGGGGGAGCACGGCGCGAGGCGAUGUUGGCAAACAACAGUGAUUUAUGAAGAACAGAUCAGCGAAUCCCAUCCACAUCUUGUACCAUAUCUGCGUCGUGACCCAUGGACUGCAUUUCCCGUGCUCGCAAAGCCUUCAGGACCUCCAGUGACCGAUUUCAUUCAGCAGAACAAAGCUGCCAUGUACAGCGCCCCCUUAGAUGCAGCAUCCAGCCGCAUCCUCGCCUCAUACCGACCUCUCAUGUUUCAGUGGGCACUUCACAUUAUAUCGGCACUAUCUUUCAUCCACGCACACAACAUCAUCUUCGGCGACCUCAGCCUCGAGGACUGCUGGCUCUCUUCGGACUCCCGACUAUCCCUAUCCCUUGUUGGGUUUGUAAGCGCCGGAUUCCGGAGGCGUACGAACGGUGUCUGGUACCACUGUACCCGCUCCUCUGGCGAGUGGUUCCAUCCGCUUGAGCAUCAAUCUCAACAGAGCAUACAGACUGACUUGUUUUUGUACGGAUGUGUAGUGUACGAGCUCAUGACUGGAUUCUGGCCGGGAGAUCGCACAGGUAAAUCGUGGCAGGAGGUUUCGAUGAUGAUUCCACGGAGGGAGUGGCCACCGCUUGAGAUAGAGCAUAUGGGUGAGAUUGUGCGGAAGUGCUGGGAGGGGGGUUUUGCGGAUGCAGAACAGUUGAAGAUGGAAGUGGUGGUAUUUCUGGAGGGUUUAGGUUGGAGUAUUGAGGGGAACGAUGAUUUGAAAGGGUUUGAUGUUGCCCAUCUAUCAUUCAAUUAACAGUAGAGCAGGAAUCCGCAUGGGAAAGUUAUUACAUCUGCGAAUAGUGGUACGUGUCUAUAGAAGCUCAACAAACACAGUAAUUACACCAGGCUAUCAUAGAAAGUUUUAAACCCUAAGACUUUGAUGCAUAUUUAAAUUGUAGAGACAUA